AAGGGCAAACUCAGGAGACAGGAGCGUUGCAGGACAAGUCUGAAGAUUCUCAUCUCAGCUUAUCUCAAGCCUCCUCUAACAAUGUCUGACUGUAAGUUGAUUCUGGCCAGCUGGGGGAAAGUGGAGAGUAACCUUGAUGGCUAUGGAGGAGAAAUUCUGACUCGUUUGUUUACAGAGCACCCUGACACCCAGAAACUCUUCCCCAAGUUUGUGGCAAUCCCACAUGGCGAACUGGCUGGAAAUGCAGCUAUUGCAGAGCAUGGCAAAACUGUUCUGACGAAACUGGGAGAGAUCCUGAAAGCAAAUGGCUCAAGUGAUGUCAUCAAGCCACUGGCUACAACCCAUGCUAACAAACACAAGAUUGCCCUUAAGAAUUUUAAGCUGAUCACCGAUAUCAUCAUUAAUGUGUUUGGGGAGAAGGGCGUGUGGGAUGCUGCUACCCAGGAUGCUUUCAGAAGUGUGAUGGGUGUCGUGGUCAAUGAGAUUGACUGUGUCUACAAGGAGCUUGGCUUCAAUGGCUAGCUGACAAUCAUCCUCAAGUUCCUGACAUUGCUGGGACAGUAAACAUUUUACCCAUUGGCAGUAGUGUAAUCAGGAUGUGUGUGAUUUACUGUUUCUGCAAGCCUCAGUGUUUAUUGUAUGGAUGACAGUCAAAAAACAACUUAAUAAAUAAAAUAUGAAAAGAAUAA